CGCGCCCCCGGCCGCAGGGGGCGGGGCUCGCUCGGGUUGCGGGCGGAGGGAAACGGGAGCUGGUCCCGGCGCCGGGCGAGGCUCUGAGCGGGAGGCGGAGGCAAAGCGGUCCAAGGUCGGUUCCCCCAAGAACGAGGGAGCGCGGCCGCCCCGCGGUGCGAGCGCCGAGAGGAAACUGGUGCUAUUUUGAUCCAUGCAGUAAUACAAGCUCUAUCGAAACUGGAGAAGCAAUGGCAUUCUUACUCUACAUAAACUGGAUAUGGAGACAACAAAAGAGAGCAAACCAUCAGACUGGGUGAAGACCCAGAUGAACAGUUCAGUUUCAGAUGACUUGGGCUGUAUCACAGAUGCAACUGAUGAGGAACAAGAUGACUUACCUUAUGAUGGAAACAUAGGAAUAACCUGGAAAUACAAUAAUUCAGACAAUUUGAAUGACUGUACUCGUACAAAAGGUAUUUCUGGUAUUUUAAAAUUAGCCUGUUCUGAAGAUAACAAAAACAUAAAUGCAACAGCAAAUUAUGAAACUCAUCCACAGCCUGAAGAAUUCUCCAGUCAAAACAGAGAUGCCAUAGGAACAACGGGAAUUUCAGUUGAAAGGCCUGGAAAUGAAGUAUCCUUUAAGAAGGAAUUACCUGUUGGUAGUUUUAGCAAACCAGAUAGCAAAGAACAUCUAAGUAACUCAAAAAUGUCCAAUGUCCUUUUGCGUCAUUUCUCUAAGGGAGAGUUAAUUAGUGCAUGCCAGUUAAUUGAAUGUGAGACAAUACCGGAGACAUCCUUUACCGAAAGUAUCGAUGACACUGUGAACAAACCUGAGCCUUCAGAACAUGUCAGAUGGUCUUUGGCACUUGAACAAUGGGCAACUAACUUGGAAGAAUAUCACUUAGAAAAGUACAAGGCAGUAAACAUUAGUGAUAAAAAUCAAAAUUUGCUAAGUGAAAAUACAUGUGUUUCAAAGAAACAUAUUUCUUUUACUGAUAACUGUGGGUGCAGACAAGAAAAUUCACAUGUGAUUAAUGAGAAUGAAGAUACACACAUCUUUCAAAACAUGAAAGAGGAAAGCACCCUGCUGAAGAACACUGUUUCACCUCACGAGCUCAAAUACAGCCAAGGUCAGGCUCACUAUUGCCUUCCUGAUUUCUGCAAAGUUGCUUCAGAAGUUGAACUACCAAAAAUAAGUGACAGUAUUAAUGCAGUUCCUACAACUGAAAGAGCAAACCCCUUCCCUAUUUUGUUAAGUGAAUCAAUAAACGUGAACAACAUUCUAGAAAAUAAGAACUAUUUAAAUUCUGCUGAAGUAAAGAAUCAAGAAGAAAUUAAUAUUCCAGAACUGUUGAAACAUCUAGAGAUGCUGACACACCAUGCUGACACCCAAAAUCAUACUGACCAUCUGAGAUUGAAUCCUAAGAUACUUCCUCAGUCUGAUUUUCUAAAUGCCAGCAUUGCCAUUUACUCAGGAGACACUGGGACAUCCUCAGAAGUCUUUACAUUACAUGCUCCUACCCCUAUGCAAUCUACACGCAGUUUGUCUAAAGCAAGAUUACAGUGUGGAACAAUGUCAGCAUUACCAGCAGCUGUUGCAGUAGAAGCAAACUGUCUCAAUCCUUCUAAUUUACUGCCAGAACUAACACUAGGAGAAAAGAUGUCUCAAAUACUAAAGGAUCAGACAGAUCAACUGUUAAAGAAAGUGGAAGACUUCUCCAAGCAUAUGGCCCAAGAGACAUUCCUUUUACAAGGCAACUAUCUGGCAUUACAUCAAUUAAGAAGACAUCUUGAUGCCUUGGAAAGGAAUUACUUAACAGCUAGAAAAGAGCACCGUAAUUUACAGCUGCAGAACUACAAGGACAAGUCUAUCAACGUUGGAGAGUUUGAUCCUGAAAGAAAGGUGGAAGGGGAAAUAUUUAGACUUGGCAUGCUGCUUGAAGACAUCCAGGAAGAAACUGCUAACAGCAAACGCAGCUUCGCUUCUUUGCCUACUUCCUAUGAAUCUGCUCAUUCAUCAUAUUCUCUUUGCGAGAGCUCAGGAUUUUCAAGCACUGCUGAUCCUCCAGAAAGAAGAGGUAUUGAAAUUGCAUUUCUUCCCAAGAACAGUGAGGGAGAAAAAAGCCAGACGUCUGAUGUAAUCCCACAGACAAAUCAAUUUUCUCUAGAAGGUGACAAGAACAAUCUUUGUCUUCACAUGUUACAGAAGAGAGCUGAAUCAAGUUCCAGAAGAGAAACGGAGCCUCUGGGAAAAGGUCUGCUAGAAAGCAAGCAUUCUUCUAACUUAAUGAGAUUCCUUUCGCCUGAGGAAAAAUAUGCUGCUGAAGGUCUUGCAUCCCAUAGUCAGGGUACAUUAAGUCAAAAAUACAAUGCUGAUGAAGAAAUUAUGAAAGGAAAUGCAAGCAUCCAGGAAAGGAAAACUGACACAUGCUCACUCUUCACUCAGAGAAAACCAGCUGUUUUAUCAGAUACCAACCAGAGCAGCGACUCAGAAGAUCUGUCAGCCUAUGAUUCUUAUGAUGAUUCACGAAGCAAGGAACUUGUGAACUGCGAGACUGAAAGUUACAAAGCAUUCAAUACAAGAUUACAUGGAGAGAGGAAAGGACUUAGAUGCAGAUGCUGUAGAGGAUGUAAAUGUAUACUCAGGAAAAACAAAGAGUCUGUUCAGUCUUGUGCCCUGUGUAGGAAUCAAAGUUCUAGUUCAUCCUCUUAUUCACAAAAGAGAGUCUCCACUCAAAAAAAUAAACAGCCACGUGAACUUGUGAAAAGACUUUCUGAAAGGCAAAACUCUGAGCCUGCCAAAACCUGCUAUUCAAACCCAUAUGAUAAAAUUAUCAUUUCACAUCAGUACUUACCCAGCAAGAAGUGUGCCCAAAGCAAAUCUGCAAUCAACAUCAGAAACAGAAACGCCUGUGACUCCAAUGCAAAUAUUUUAAAUUCUACUCUGGAUCAUGCCAUAGAGACAGCGAACAAUUUGAAGAAAGCUACAGAACGAAUGGUACGAGCAGUUUCAGAUGAUCUAGCUAAAGUUAAAAGAAGACAACUUUAAUUACCCAGUUUCAAAUGCUAUAUUGUUUUGCUGGUUGAUACUGAAGUGUCAGUAUCUCUGCAGAUAUAGUGAUAAAUACAAAGAUCAGGAAGUCAGCUAGCUGACUGUGCCAGCUGUUCUGUAACUACCAGUACUAAGCCAAAGCAGAGCAUAUUGGUAUUCCACAUGUUUACACUCAGCCUCAGAACUGGAAAACAAAUUACUAAUUCUACUGUAAGUCUAGUAUGUUGGCUAACCCCCAUUACUGUGUAUAGCUACCUUCUCUAAGCAUUUACUUAAGACAGCUUAAUAAAAAAUUGGCUUAAACAAGCCGGGUUAACUUUCUGACUUUUGAUUUCCCCCUUCUUCCAAAUAGAAUAAGUUUCAGUCACUCCUACAUGUAUUUCCUUCCCACACCUUAACACCAGCUGCUUAAGCACACCCAAGGGAAACAGCAUCUGCACCUGAGACAUCUCCAAGUGUCAUGCUAACACACCAGGUCAUAGUUAACAUUUGUAAUCAUUUUGUGUUUAGAGUGCCCUACAUUGAGUUGUUUGGUAUUAAGAUACUUCCUUGCAUGUCUCAGUAACUGAGUAAUACCAUCUGUUGUCUAUGUAGUCCUAACAAAUUGUCUGUUUCUUCACUGUGGUGUCCCUACCUUGUCAGAGGUAUCUGGCUUUAAGAUUUUAGCUGAUGGUAAGUAGGCUGGAAAAUUUUCAAAUACUGCAGAAAUGCAGUGGGCCAAGUAAAGUAAUCUAUUGUUUUCUUUCUGAAAUUCAUUUAACUGCAGUGAUUAAAAACAAGUGGUUAGUAGCCUUGUAGUAUCAGGGAUUCACUGAAGCAAUUCCAAAGCACAUAGCGACUAAUGGAAGUCAAGUUAGAAGUGACAGUGCAUUGCUUUAGAAGGACAGUCAUUUUCAGGCAAACCUGAGUGGUUUUAGCAGUUGAUGGAUACAGAGAUAAUCCAGGCUCUGUUCAUGCAAGCAGUGAUAGCUUAACUUGCUGCUGUGUACCACUGAUUUACUAGCCUGAGUCAAUGGCUUUUUUUCAGAGCUUCUUCCACACUUCACAGCCAACAAUACCAUCAACUAUUAUUUUCUCCAUUAGGCUCUUAGCGUAUAUCCUUAUAACGUGAUUUGCCUCUGCUUAUUAUCCAUGGUUUUGCUUUAUUUAGCUUAAGACAACAGCACAGGAUAAUGAAAUGCUCACUCCCCUGUACUAGAUUAAUGUUUGGAAUGUCCCUGUUAUUACUUUGCAAAUUAAUUUAAUAGUUAAAACUAAUUGCUGUAGGCUUCCUAGAUCCAAUAAAAAAAGAUUAAUCUCUUCCAUAGAAAUCUUUCCACACCAGGAGAACAGCUAGACCUUUUGGUCAUCCUGGGUCACUGUUCGAACCUGCUGUCCUGGGCCUGACAGCAAAUGCCUAAUAAAGAAUAUAUUUACUAAGACAAGCAUGUAGUGACAUUUCCUCAGAACAUUCUCUAGCAAACUGAAAGCUUAGAGUCUUUCCAAAUCAGCAGUAACAUCCCUGUAUCAGCACUAAUAGCCCUAUAAAGAUUUUUCUCAAGUACCUAGAGCUUUUCCACCCUCAUGUCAUAAUUUAAAGCAUGUCAUUACUGCAGUAUCUCAGAUGCUAAAGGUCCUUUUGUUUUGAAUUUGACAAUUGCAGGUUUCACAUGUUACUUCACACACUGAAUAGGAAGGUAACAUGUCUGUCUUUUCAGUCUGCACACUAACAUUAUUUUUUAAAGGCUUCCAUCACAUACUCCUCCACCACCUUUUUUCCCUCUUGAUCAAGGAACUUAUUCUAGGCAUUCUGGACAUGAAAAUUGUUCCAUACCUUAGAUUUUCCUCUUAGUCAUCUCUGAAUCUUGUCCAGAUUUCCAGAAUCAACUUAAGAAAUAAACUGCACUUAGAAAUAUCUAUCUUUAUUAUCUAGGGUAGUCAGACCAAAAUCUGUGCUUAUGUGAAUCUGAGCCCACAUGUACAGGCUAAGUAUCUAUUUCAAGAAGUAGAAUAUGAAAACAGGAACUUUCAAAAUUAUAAUGUGCUUUGUAUAUACACUUUAAAAUAUUGGGGGAGCAGGGAAGAGACGUUUAUCUUAAAACAACUCUUACCCAUUCUUGAUCUUGAUCUAGAAAAAAAGUGUCCAGGAAGACCCUUGGAAAAAAAAAACCCAGACAUCUUUACAAAAAGUACAACACUACCCCAUCCUAUCACCCUCCCCCCUUCCCAAGCUUCUGUAAGAAACCAGGAGCUGUUUUGGGCUACAUAUUGCUGUCAGUUUUCUUCUCUUAAAGCACCUCUACUAAUCCAACUCUAUGGUAACAUUUGGCUUUGCCUUCUGGAAAAAAUGGGUGAUGGAUUACAAAACUCAGAAGUCAGUCUUGUAUUUAUCAGCUAUCAAAUUUUGAGCCGAUGAUUGCACUUAAAACUUUUUUCAGGUGUCUGCUUUAGGCUUAAAUGCUGAAUAUGCAGAAGUAAUCCAGCAUUUCAAGCUGGUAUUUCUUCAGCUCUAUGCAACAAAUAAACAUCAACACAAUGGAUUUUACAUA